AUGGCAGAACUCGACACUUUGGACGUCAUCGUCCUCUCCGCCAUCUUUGUUGGCACCGUAGCAUACUUCACAAAGGGAAAGUACUGGUCCGUCGCCCAAGACCCCUACGCCAAUGCCUUUAGCAGUGGCGCCAAGGCGGGCCAGUCGCGUAGCAUUCUUGAGAAGAUGGAGGAGAUGGGCAAGAACUGCAUCAUCCUCUACGGUUCUCAAACCGGUACCGCCGAGGAUUAUGCCUCGAGGCUCGCGAAGGAGGGCAAGAGCCGAUUCGGCCUCGAGACCAUGAUCGCCGACCUCGAGGACUACGACUUUGACAACCUCGAUGCUAUUCCUAACGAUAAGGUCGUCAUGUUUGUUCUCGCAACGUAUGGCGAGGGCGAACCAACCGACAACGCUGUAGACUUCCACGAGUUUUUGAAUGCCGAGGAUGUCCAGUUCUCAGAGGAUCGCACUCCUGCUCUGGACAACCUCAACUAUGUGGCAUUCGGCCUUGGCAACAACACUUACGAGCACUACAACUACAUGGUUAGGAAUGUCGACAAGAUCCUCCAAAAGCUCGGCGCGACUAGGAUCGGUGAGGCUGGUGAGGGUGACGAUGGCACCGGUACUAUGGAAGAGGAUUUCCUCGCUUGGAAGGAGCCCAUGUGGGCUGCUCUGGCCAAGAAGAUGGCCCUUGAGGAGCGCGAGGCCGUCUAUGAGCCCACCUUUGAAGUCGUCGAGCGCGACAGCCUUACCGUCGAGUCGCCCGAGGUUUACCUUGGAGAGCCCAACAAGAUCCACCUCGAAGGCACCGUCAAAGGCCCCUUCAACGCCCACAACCCUUACAUCGCCCCCAUCGCCAAGUCCCUCGAGCUCUUUAGUGCCAAGGACAGAAACUGCCUCCACGUUGAUGUUGAUAUUAGCGGUUCUAAUCUGACCUACCAGACCGGCGACCAUAUCGCCAUCUGGCCCAAUAACCCUGGCGCCGAGCCCACCGCCAAGGUCCCCUUCCCCACCCCUACCACCUACGAUGCUAUUGCCCGGUACCACAUGGAGAUUUGCGCACCCGUCUCGCGCCAGUUCUUGGCCACCCUUGCCGCCUUCGCACCCAACGACCAAAUCAAGGCCGAGAUGACCAAGCUUGGCGGAGACAAGGACUACUUCCAUGAGCAGACUAGCGAGCACUUCUUCAACAUUUCACGUCUCCUCCACCACGCGAGCGGCGGAAUCAAGUGGACCAAUGUGCCUUUCUCGGCCUUCAUUGAGGGUCUCACCAAGCUUCAGCCCCGAUACUACUCCAUCUCUUCGUCCAACCUCGUUCAGCCCAAGACCAUCUCUAUCACCGCCGUUGUUGAAAGCCAGGAGGUCCCCAGCCGAGCUGCUGAGAAGGACCCGUUCCGCGGCGUCGCCACCAACUAUCUCUUCGCUCUGAAGCAGAAGCAGAAUGGCGACCCUGAUCCGACUCCCUUCGGUCUUAGCUAUGAGAUUGAGGGCCCCAGGAGCAAGUACACGGGCGUCCGGGUACCCAUGCACGUCCGUCACUCUAACUUCAAGCUUCCUUCCGAUCCUUCCAAGCCUAUCAUUCUCAUCGGCCCCGGUACUGGUGUGGCCCCGUUCCGCGGAUUCUCCGAAUGGGAGGAGCACAAGAAGGUCCUCGGAGACAAGUUCGAACUCGUCACCGCCUUUUCUCGCGACGGAGCCAAGAAGGUUUACGUACAGCACCGCCUUCGUGAACGAUCCAAGGAGAUCAACGAACUCCUCCUCAAGAAGGCGUACAUCUAUGUCUGCGGUGACGCCGCCAACAUGGCCCGCGAGGUGCAUGCCGGCCUUAUCCAGAUCAUUGCUGAACAGCGCGGUAUUCCCGAGGCCAAGGCGGAAGAGAUUGUCAAGAAUAUGAGGUCUGCGAACCAGUACCAGGAGGAUGUCUGGUCGUAA